CAAGACAAACAAUUGACUUUCAGCAAUGACAAGAACCGUACCAACGGUACCAUCUACAAAACCUCUGGAAUGUUCCUUCAGGGACAAGUUAGACUCCUGGAAUACCUUUAUUGCUUCCGUCAUGAUUCAAAAGAACGACGAGGAUUUGAAUCUCAUAUUUCAUCCAAUCACUAAAUGCGAUGCAAUCGAACCUGGAUUCGCCGUGAUAACGGGUUCCCCGCUGGAGGAAUGUGUCUGCAUAAGGAACUGUGUCGUGGGGAUUAGGACUCCCGAACAUUUCAUGAGAAGUGUUCUCUCUUCAGAGGUAGCACAGGAUUGUGAGGGUAUGUACCUGAUAGUGACUCCUGCAAAGAUUAUUAAUUGUAAGGGAAUCGGUGCAGAAGAUCUGACUCGAAAAAUUCUCAGCCAAAGGUUUCAUCAGAAUACCACGCUAGAAAUAUUUUACAUGUGCGCUGACAGCGGAGAGGUGGACGGAGAUGAAACAGAGUUUCUGCUAGCAGUUACUCCCUCGGAAGUGAGCGUGAUCUCACUCUACCGUACCUGCAUCACCAGAUCUCUACCCUUUACAAAGAUAAGAACGUAUCACAGGGACUCAACCUAUCCCAACACAAUACUACUGGAGGUUGGCAGGAUGAAGGAUGGUAACCGAACAUAUUCCUUCCGUUCUGAGAGGGCGGGAGAAUUCAUCACAGCUUUAAGAGACCAGAUUAAACAAAGCAGACAUCAAAAAGUUGACGAAUCUGAAGAUACACGUGCAUUGUCCCGAGUUACUGUGGACUUAAUGAUUGGAUUACUGAAAAUUUUUGCGGCGAAAUUGUCUUUCACGCCCCAGCAAUACGUAUCAUAAUCAUAAUUACUGGUUUCUGUGUGGUGCAUUCUCAUAAUUCUUCCGGAAAAGCCUGAAUUUCACCUAAAUUACCGAUAUAUUGGGGUUUAGUAUUUCGAAAUUUUCGAUCGUUUGGAAGCAGAGAAUUGUUCAGAAUAUCGUUUAUAGAGUUUUUGUUUGAUUGAA